CGGGACUAGUUUGUGAGCUCAAACACUUCAGGAUGUGAGCAGGCGGUGGUGACACGGAGACGAGAAUUAGCGCCGCAACUAGGACUAUUAGCACAUGUCCCCAGUUUAAAAAUAAAUUAAAAUCAUACAUAAAACAUAAGUUUAUCCUUGGGGAUUCGCGUUUCUCUGUCACCUGAUAUUCACCGAACAGAAGCCUCGCCUGGGUGGCUUCGGUUGAGCACCGUGGAAGAAGCAGAUUCCGGUUUGAGUUGUGCGCGGCAAUCUACAGCUAGCGGUGCGAAGGGAGCGGCUACCGGGAGACGUAAUGGAGCUCAUCACCAUCUUGGAAAAAACUGUCUCUCCAGAUCGAAAUGAGUUGGAGUCGGCGCAGACGUUUCUGGAACAUGCUGCCAUUGAAAAUCUGCCAACAUUCCUGGUGGAGUUGUCCAAAGUGUUGGCCAACCCAGGCAACACCCAGGUGGCCCGAGUAGCAGCUGGGCUACAGGUGAAGAACUCUCUGACCUCUAAAGACUCUGAUGUCAAGGCACAGUACCAGCAGAGAUGGCUGGCCAUCGACGCCAACGCACGGCGUGAGAUUAAAAACUAUGUCUUACAGACUCUUGGUACUGAGACAUAUCGCCCCAGUUCUGCAUCACAGUGUGUUGCUGGAAUCGCCUGCGCAGAAAUCCCGGUCAACCAGUGGCCUGAGCUGAUCCCUCAGCUGGUGGCCAAUGUCACUGAUCCAUCCAGCACAGAGCACAUGAAGGAGUCAACGUUGGAGGCCAUCGGCUACAUCUGCCAGGACAUCGAUCCGGAGCAGUUGCAGGACAAUGCCAACCAGAUUUUGGCAGCUAUCAUCCAGGGCAUGAGGAAAGAGGAGCCGAGCAACAACGUCAAACUGGCUGCCACUAACGCCCUGCUCAACUCGCUGGAGUUUACGAAGGCCAACUUCGAUAAAGAGACAGAGAGACACUUCAUUAUGCAGGUGGUUUGUGAAGCGACACAAUGUCCUGAUACCAGAGUGCGGGUAGCUGCCUUACAGAACCUGGUCAAGAUCAUGUCUCUAUAUUAUCAGUACAUGGAGACAUACAUGGGUCCUGCUCUGUUUGCGAUCACCAUUGAGGCCAUGAAAAGUGACAUCGAUGAGGUAGCCUUACAGGGCAUUGAGUUCUGGUCCAACGUAUGUGAUGAAGAGAUGGACCUUGCUAUCGAGGCUUCUGAGGCAUCUGAACAGGGACGUCCCCCAGAGCAUACCAGUAAAUUCUAUGCCAAAGGGGCUUUACAGUACCUGGUUCCCAUCCUGACCCAGACACUCACCAAGCAGGAUGAGAAUGAUGACGAUGAUGACUGGAACCCCUGCAAAGCAGCUGGUGUGUGUUUGAUGCUUCUGGCGACCUGCUGUGAGGACGACGUGGUGCCUCACGUGCUGCCCUUCAUCAAAGAGCACAUCAAACAGACUGACUGGCGUUACCGUGAUGCCUCAGUCAUGGCAUUUGGUUCCAUCUUGGAAGGACCAGAGUUGAACCAAUUGAAACCCCUCAUCUUCCAGGCGAUGCCAACCCUAAUCGAGCUGAUGAAAGACCCUAGUGUAGUGGUGAGGGACACCACUGCGUGGACUGUAGGGAGGAUCUGUGAGCUGCUGCCAGAAGCUGCAAUCAAUGAGAUGUACCUGGCUCCACUGCUGCAAUGUCUGAUUGAGGGUCUAGGAGCAGAACCAAGGGUGGCGUCCAAUGUCUGCUGGGCAUUCUCUAGUCUUGCUGAGGCAGCCUAUGAAGCCACAGAUGCUGCUGAGGACCAAGAGGAACCCAGUACCUACUGCCUGUCGUCAUCUUUUGAAAUCAUUGUGCAAAAACUCCUGGAGACAACAGACAGGUGGAGAU